AUGAAUCAGAAGUUUGAGGAUCUUUGUUAUGCGUGUCGUGUUGGUGAUUUAGAGGACGCCCAGAGGCUAAUAACAGCGGGUGUAAACCCUAAUGCAGUAGAUUCUUUCGAUAAUACACCUUUAUUUCUUGCCAGUCUAUGUGGGCAUGAGUCUGUGGUCAGACUCUUAUUGAGGAGUGGUGCAUCAUGUGAUAGAGAUAGAUAUGAAGGUGCUAGGUGUAUAUAUGGAGCUCUAACAGAUUCUAUUAGGGAUCUGUUGAUACAACAUGAUGUUUCUAAAGCAGUAGAUUUAGCACAGCCUUUCGCCACUCAUCUGUCAUCUCUAUUCAGAGAUCCAUUCGUUGCCACUGAUGAUUUAACUGUAACUGGACAUGAAUCAGUCAGUGCAGGAAAAGAAUUUUCUUGUUUUAAACUCCAUAGAUUUCUUUUGUCUGCAAGAAGUCAGAAACUGAAAAGUCUAUUGGCAAAUGAAUGGUCUGCGUUAGAAUCUGUACCAUUCCCCAUAUAUAUGGUAUCUGAUAAAAUAUUGAUUAUCAUAUUGAAAUAUUUUUAUUUAAUACCGGUGUUACACGAAAUUGGUACUAAUUUAUAUGAUGAUGUUAUCCAGAUUGCUAAUUGGCUAAAUCUGUCACUUUUAUCUGCUAGCCUUGAUAAAUUGAAACAUUUAGCUAGACCUGAUGAAAGAGCAAAUCUAAUUGUUGAAUUUCAGGUUAAAUUUAAUGAUAUGGCAAGAGAAGAUUUGAGACUAUUUGUGAAUGACAAAAUUAUUUUAAAUUCGGUGUUGCUACCAUCCACUGGAAUGGAACAACAUGUACUUCGAAAGGUUGUUUCUGAUUUUAAAACUAAAGGAAUUUAUCCAGAUAUCUAUAUAUUAAUUACAAAUAAAUUAGGAGAGCAAAGACUCUACCCAUGUCAUUUAUCAAUAUUAUUACGAUCUGAUUAUUUUAAAUUAAUGUUCGAAAAUGGUUUUCAAGAAUUUCAGUAUUAUUAUUAUGACAAUAGUUUGUCUUAUAAAGAUAAUAGAAAUUAUUGUCCAAUUAUUUCACUACCCCCUUGCGAUUUCUCUGUAUUUGAUAUUAUAUUGAGAUAUUUUUAUUAUGAUGAAGUUGAUAUUCUAUGGAACCACUCAAUAGAUGUUUUAAUACUAGCCGAUUAUUUACAAGAUAACAGAUUGAAAUCAAUGGCUACGGUUUGUAUCACGAAAUCAAAAGAAAUAUUAGAUAAUUAUUCUAUAUUGGACCUCCUACUCAUUUCUUGGGCUGUAAAGAUGGAAAGAUUGGAACAUUUUUGUGCGAAAUAUUUAGCAAUGAAUCUUUCAAACUUUAUAAAGCUGCAAGAGUUUAAAGAUGCGAUACUACUAAGUUCUAAACGAAUUUCAAGUAGGCAGGAAACUGAUACUAUUGAAUUGGUUGAUGAUAUUAAAUACUAUCUGUUGGAGAAGUAUUCUCUUGAAUUAGAAGAUGUAGAUUAUUUCAACGAAUUAGAUUUAGAUUUUCAAAAAUCUUCUGGUUUCUUAGAUUAUAAAAAUGAUAUUAGACUAUUGGAAGAUUUAUUAACUUCCUUGAAUUUAUUCUCUGAACGUUGA